CACAGCUUGUCAAUACGGCGUCGCAUCCUCUUGAAAAUAUUAGACGACACCCACCGCUGCCGUCCCUCCUGUCUCUCUCUCCUUCAACACCAAGCAGGCACCUUUAUCUCUACGUAUACUCUCGCCGGCGACGAGACAUGGUUCUGUCACAGAGGCUUCACGAGGCCUUCAAAGGCACCGUCGAGAAGAUCACCGGCCCCCGCACCGUCUCCGCUUUCAAAGAGAAAGGCGUUCUCAGCGUCUCCGAGUUCGUCACCGCCGGCGAUAACCUCGUCUCCAAGUGCCCUACCUGGUCUUGGGAAUCAGGAGAGCCAAGCAAGAGGAAGCCUUAUCUACCAUCUGAAAAGCAGUACUUGAUUACUAGAAAUGUCCCCUGUUUACGGAGGGCUGCAAGUGUGGAAGAGGAAUAUGAGGCUGCAGGUAUGGAAGUUCUUAUUGAUAAUGAGGAUAAUGACGGCUGGUUGGCUACACACGGCAAGCCAAAGGAUAGAGGAAGUGAAGAGGAAAACUUUCCUUCCAUUGAGAGUUUAGAGAUCAGCAAGAAUAAGGCUGUGAAUUCAGCACCCUCGCAAGGUGGGGCAGAAGAUGAAGACGAUAUCCCCGACAUGGCUGAUUAUGAAGAAGCUGACAACAUUGAAAUUGAUCCUGGAACAUAUCUGGUUGCUCAUGAACCUGAUGACGACAAUAUUUUACGGACCCGAACAUAUGAUGUCAGUAUUACGUAUGAUAAAUAUUACCAAACUCCUCGGGUGUGGCUUACUGGCUAUGAUGAGUCAAGGAUGCUUUUACAAGCAGAGCUUGUACUUGAAGAUGUCAGUCAAGAUCAUGCACGCAAAACUGUAACUAUUGAAGAUCAUCCUCACUUGCCUGGAAAGCAUGCUUCUGUCCAUCCAUGCCGACAUGGAGCUGUCAUGAAGAAAAUAAUUGAUGUACUAAUGUCACGUGGAGUGGAACCAGAAGUUGAUAAGUACCUUUUCUUAUUCUUGAAGUUUGUUGCCUCUGUGAUUCCAACAAUCGAAUAUGACUACACAAUGGACUUUGAUCUUGGCAGUUCCAGCAGUUGAGCAAUCGACAGAGGUUGUAAAUGCGAUUGGACAAGGUGGAUUGGAUCUGCAAGUAAAGAUAAUGCUGCUUUUGGCAUAUCCACAGAAUCUUCUCCGACACAAAUUAUGCUGAAUUGCUUGUACAAUUGGUUAAAUUGUUUAGUUAGUUGAUGUGUCGCUGUACAAAAUCCCCCAUCAACUCUUUGAUAAGGUUGUGCCACAGGUUUAACUAAUGAUUUC